GCAGCUACAGAGAAGGGAAAAAGAUUUUGGAAGAUCAUAAGCCGAGAAAGAUCAUAGACGGCGUCCAGGGCCCUUGUCUAUCCAAUAAUCUAUAUAAUAGAUGCAAUGCCCGCCUUCAAAUAUGGAGGUGAAGAACCCAACAACACUACCGGUACUAGACCAGCCGACGAAAGCACGCCGUUAAUUUCUACCAGUGGUUCGUCGAAGAGCCAAGAAAGUGCAACCGGUACUACGUUACUCCAAAACCCCUCCUCUUUGCAUUCUAGAAAUACAUCAACCUCCUCUCCCAGACGCCUCUCUUCCUCCUCUUCUUCAGAUAAUAAUUUUGGAGAUAUCAUAUUUCACUCCUCGGACGAAUCGGGUGGCUGGUUACUUGAUCUCAUCAUGGAGAAAGUUAAAAAUACGAAGAUUGGCUACUGGGCCGACAAGUUGGCCGUAGAGGCUGAAUCUGGAUUGACCAACGCUCAACUCAUGUUAAACAACCAUGAUUUGAAGCCUGGUAAGUUAUUCUUAUUUUGCACGAGUACUCAAAUACUGACAUCUCUCCCAGUCGAACCAGAACGAAGACAAUGGGGAACCUGGAAUUUCGUAGGAUUUUGGAUCGCGGAUUCUUUUAACAUUAACACAUGGAUGAUAUCAUCGAGCAUGAUUGUCGGCGGAUUAUCGUGGUGGCAAUCAUGGCUUUGUGUAUGGAUUGGAUAUUCAAUUGCAGCAUGCUUCAUUGUAUCCACAGCGAGAAUCGGCGCCACUUAUCAUCUUUCCUUCCCCGUUAUUGCUCGUUCGUCUUUCGGUAUUUGGGGCGCUCUGUGGCCGGUUUUCAACCGCGCAGCCAUGGCUUGUAUUUGGUACGGAGUGCAGGCUUGGAUUGGAGGAGAAUGCGUUCAAUUGAUGAUCGCUGCAAUUUGGCCGUCGUGGCAGCCCGAUGGCAAAAUUCACAACGGAAUUCCUAAUUCUGGAACAAACACUGUGAUGUUUGUGUCAUUCUUCCUUUUCUGGUUUCUCUCGCUUCCAGCAAUUUGGUUUCCGGUUCACAAAAUCCGUCAUUUGUUUACAGUUAAAGCAUAUGUGGUACCAGUUGCAGGCCUCGCAUUCUUCAUCUGGGCUAUAGUUCGCGCAAAGGGUCUUGGCCCAAUCGUCAAACAAAAGAAUACAAGCCAUGGAAGUGCGCUGGGCUGGGGGAUGGUCACUGGAAUUAUGUCCUCUAUCGCCAACUUCGCAACUCUCAUCGUCAACGAUCCCGAUUUCGCACGUUUUGCACGGAAGCCUAGGGAUGCUUUCUGGUCACAACUCAUCACUAUCCCCGUCGGUUUUGCCAUUACAUCUUUCGUCGGCAUUAUUGUUUCCUCAUCUUCAACCGUCAUCUUCGGUGAAGCCAUCUGGAAUCCCCUCGAACUUCUCCAAUCAUUCUUAACCGAAGGAGGGUCUGGAAAUCGCGCCGGCGUAUUUUUCAUCGCAACUGCCUUUGCUCUCGCUCAACUCGGUACCAAUAUCGCAGCCAAUUCCGUAUCUGCAGGUACAGAUAUGACAGCUCUUCUUCCGCGGUACAUCAAUAUCCGUCGCGGAGGUUAUGUUUGCGCUCUCGUCGGUCUCGUCAUGUGUCCUUGGAAUCUUCUCUCAACCUCCAACAACUUCACCACUUAUCUCUCCGCUUACUCCGUCUUCCUGUCUUCCAUUGCCGGUGUCAUCAUCUCAGAUUACUACUUCGUUCGUAAAGGAUACCUCCAAGUUCGAAAUCUGUAUUCCGCCAAGAAAACCUCUCCAUAUUACUAUACAGCAGGUAUUCACUGGAGAGGUUACGCUGCUUACAUCGCCGGUAUCCUCAUCAACAUUGUAGGAUUCGUAGGAGCGAUUGGUAAAAAAGUUCCAAUUGGCGCGACAUAUAUCUAUAAUUUAAACUUCUUCUGCGGAUUUAUUGUCGCGUCAGCCGUGUAUUGGAUUCUAUGCAAAUUCUUCCCUGUACCCGCUACAAGCGAUGUAUGGAUGGAAGUUGGAGAAGAGAUCGAUGAUCCUAGUAUGUCAUAUAGCGCGGAGGAAGGAAGUGAAUUUGAGGAGGCGGGCAAAGGUGGGCGAGAAAACAUCAAGAUUGUGGGGAGUGGGAAGAAGAGUGAUGUGGAUUUAGAGGCUUGAGAUUCGAGAGAUAUUGGUUCUACACUUUGUUUUUAGUUUGAAAUUUGAGCGUGGGUGUUUAGAGGUCAUGAUUUGAAUCGUACCUAUGCAUGCAUGGAUCGGUAUAGCACUAUGAGACUAUAAGAUUCAUGGGAUAUCAUCGGUAUAAAAGUACCCACGAGGUAGAGUGUAGAUAGACGACAGAGGAAA